AUGGAGCACCCCCCAUCACCACCACUCCCGAACCCCAACCCUUUCGAUCCAGAGAGGGUCGAAGCCGAGGCUGAGGCUGAGGCUGAGGCCGAAGGUGUUGCACGUGAAUAUGGCUGCAAGUACUGUGAUAAGAAGUUUAGCAACAAACAAGCUUUGGGAGGGCACCAAAAUGCCCACAAAGUUGAAAGAGCCAUAGAAAAGAAUGUCCGGGACAUGUCGGCAGCCCAUUUUGGCUACCUUGCCGGGCUACCAUAUGGUGAGACGAUGGGGCCCGUUAUGCCAUUCCAAGGAGUUUACAAUCCUCGACCCCAUAAUUAUAUCAGGCCCUUUCAGGCUCGCCAGAUGCCUUUUCAGCACCCUGGUAUACGCCUAGGGUUUAAUCCUCGCCCGGCAAUGCAGCCAUUCGCCCCUAGGGCGGUGCUGCCGCCUCCACCACCACCGCCGAUGGGAUUCAAUAACUUCUUUCCAAGGACAGGCCCAGUUGGGAGAAAUGUUGUCCCUUUUAUGGGACCCGGUUCUUCUUCAGGUGCUGGAAAUCAGGGUUUUAUGAACCGUCAGGAUUUCAGCCGUGGAUCCAGUAGCAGCGCUGGGGCUUCUCAGGGAAACGCCUUGGUUUUGCGUGCACCGAGGAAUGAUGAUGCAAAUCAGCCGGAGAUUGAAGAUUCGGGCCUGGAUUUAACUCUCAAGUUAUGA